GUGACGUUCUCAGUGGACAAUCACAGCCAAUACGUAGUUGUCGACCAUUCAUUGAACAACACCACUCCUCUGCUGCUUACAACAUUUUCUUGCACAAAUAGUCCACCUCAGAGACUUUCUUGGGUCAGCUUGUGGUCUACUACGAAUUGGACUUGCAAAACCGUACCUCACAGAGCGACUUACAAAGCUCUUCAACUGACCCGACGAUACACAUAGUUGGAACAUUGACAUGGACAAUUUCGAGGACGAGAACCCGUUCGAGACCGAUGUUGAUCGUGUACCUUCUGAAACAUCAUCCACAUCGAAGGUGAACAUAUCUGAGCCUUCUUCUCCCCGCAAUCCCGCUCGAACGCUCUCAUCGACAAGCCCCACACUAAGUCGUCCAUUUCCUUCCUCUGGAACCAACAGGCACCCGCAGUCAACAUACAAGAGUGACUUUUGUUGUGGACGAGAUCAGUGGUUACACUCUGGGGAGGACCUCGAGAUUCUUAUAACGGAUGCGCAGAAGACGUCUUUGAACUCGAACACGCCCUAUAUUACCUACAUUAUUCGUGCAGGUAAUGCUGAAGCGAGACAUCGGUACUCGGAAUUCGAGUCCCUGAGGUCAAGCCUCGUAAAGUUAUAUCCGACUAUCAUUAUUCCACCGAUUCCAUCAAAGCAAACUAUUGGUGACUAUGCCACGAAGCAAGCAAAGGCCAAGGAGGAUACUGCGAUGAUCGCACGCCGAAAGCGAAUGUUGCAGACUUUCUUGAACCGCAUCGCUCGGCACCCUAUUUUGUCGAACGAACAUGUAUUCCAUCGUUUUCUUGACGGCGAGGUAUCUUGGACGGAAGUGCUACAUUCACCUCCUUUGUCCCUCCUUCCGAAGAAUACUCUCAAAGCACCCUCACAUAACCCGACAGAUCAGAGCGCCGCUUCUGCAUACGCUGCCCUUCCAAGUCCAUCAGCAACACACCCAUUGAGACACCCUGAUCAGCGGUCCGUAGACUCUGAGAUAUUCACCAAUAAAUUCGCAAACCAUCUCAGUGGACCAAUGGAGAAGGUCACUCGGAGGACCUUGAAGCGAUGGUCAGAGAAUGCUCAGGACUAUUCAGAACUUGGCGCUGCUCUCAACGGAUACAGCUUGAACGAAAGUGGAGCACUGGCCGCUGCCAUGGAGAAGACGGGACAAGCCGUUGACACGACGUACAUGUCAACAACUAGACUUCUCCAGGAACUUGAACAGAACUUUUCCGAGCCUCUCCACGAGUACGCGCAAUUCGCAGUGAUUAUCAAGAAGCUGUUAUCCUAUCGUCACCAAAAACAUGUUCAAUAUGAGAUGACCCAGGAUGCGUUGGAAAACAAGCGCGAGCUGCUGGAAGAAUACGAAAAGAGCGAACGAGAGGCAAAGAGGUUGGACGAAGCGUUGUCCAAAGGCCGUGUUAACGGCCUGCGGUCGCCAGGCAGCCCUGCUGAGGGCUCAGAAGGUCAAAGUCAACCACAGAACCAGCCUCAAGAUGAGGCUGAGGAGCCGGGUUCAGCAUACCUGCCUCCGCACCCAGGACCCAAUCCAUACAAACGGCGAGCACCUGGUAUGGGCUUUUUGAAUGCUUUAAGCUACACGCUCCAUGGGAUGAUGGACGUCGAUCCUGAAACGGCACGUCGUAGCAGCAUCAGCAAGACGCGGGAGACCAUCUCACAGCUGGAAGAUGCGCUGCACCUCUCAGCACAGGAUCUCAAGUACUCAAGUUCCACGAUCCAGGCUGAUCUAGACCGCUUCCAACGUCAGAAAGUUGCCGAUUUAAGGGAGAUGACCAUCAGCAUGGCAAGAAUCCACAGGGACUGGUGCAAAAAGAACCUUGAGGCUUGGCAAGCGGCGAAGAAGGAAGUUGAAAAAAUUCCAGACCAUCCGAAUAAGAGACCUCCUUCUCCAGAACAACGCACUGUACCUGGCCCAUCGGGCUUACGGAGGGAUUCGACUGCCACAGUCAAUGGGCGGUGAUAAUGAGAUAUAUGUACACGAUAUUAUUAUCAGGUGUUCUCAGUCUUUUCUUUGGAACAUCUUGGGGACGUUUUCCUCGCGCUUGGACCGAGAAUUUUUUUCGGUCGUAUUUCAAUAAUUUUUUCCGUCUACAUACACCAUCGAAUACACUUUCUCGAAUCAUAUUAAAUGCUCUGGAAUAUAUUUUACCCCUGAAUUUUCA